AUGGGAGCUCUCAACUACUCCGACCCAGUCGUGCCACACGCCGGACUUCAUCCACCUCGGAUUGACCCUUGCCGUUCAAGUCAUCCCGGUCCUGUGGUCGGAUGUUGGGGGAGAGUCUCCCAACCUGACUCUUCAGGAAAGUAUGCAUUUUAUGAUCGCUCGUAUCUGCCUGACUUCGUUCAAAUUUCCAGCCAAUUUAUAUGGACUGAUCAGCUCGAUGAUGAGCUUCGAUUACUGGGACGCACGAUUAACGGCAUCAUGGAAGCCCCUAACCCGUCCAACUCAGUCGAGCCUUGUAGCCAGCGUCAGAUUAGCCGUCCCGGUCCUGUUGUUGAGUCUGGGGAAGGGGUCUUCCAACGUGCCACUCUAGGCGAGUACGAUUCAAUCGAGCACCAUUCGCAACCUGAUCUGCCUCUCAUUUCUAGGGGCAACGACACGACUUCCAAUGUUAUGUGGCUGUAUUAUCAGAAUGUACGCGGCCUGAGGACGAAAAUUGACGAUUUCUAUGUAGCAGUAUGCGAUUGUAAUUACGACGUCAUCAUGUUGACUGAAUCCGGACUUGACGACAGCAUCAACACCAUACAGCUAUUCGGAGCUGAAUUUAACGUUUUCCGUUGUGACCGUAGUCCUUCCAACAGUUCCAAGUCCAGAUUUGGUGGUGUCCUUAUCGCAGUAGCUCGUCACUUCUCUGCUGUAUCGGUUCAAACGAGGAAUGGAAACUCUUUGGAACAGAUUUGUGUCUCCACUACCAUACGUGGGAAAAGGAUAUUACUUUGCGCAGUAUACAUUCCUCCCGACCGCAGUCGUGACGUGGGGGUUUAUGAUUCCCAUUUGGCUUCUGUGCGUGAGCUGUGUGACCGUGCGUCUUCUGAUGGCACCGUAUUGGUAUGUGGCGAUUACAAUCAGCCUCAUAUUGCAUGGGAAUUACAUGCUAACUCUGUUGUUGAUCUGAAUCCGUCUUUGACCUCUGCGGCGAGUGCUGUUCUAUUGGAUGGAAUCACCUUUCUCGGUCUCCAGCAGCGCAACUUCAUUCAUAAUUUUCGUGGCCGAACACUGGAUCUGGUUUUUUGUGCUCCCGAUAUUAACAUCGCUAUCAACGAAUCUGUAUCGCCACUGCUAGCGGUGGAUUUGCACCAUCCUCCGUUAGUAUUAUCGUUAUCGGAUACAAGAGGAGCAGUGUUGGCCGUUGAGGAUCGGAACGAAGGCGAACAAGCAUUGAAUUACGCAAAAAUUAAUUUCGCUGCAUUUAACGAGUUUCUGAGUAGCUACAAUUGGAACGCUCUUGGUCAGGACGUUAACGACAUGGCGACGCGUUUUUGCGAAAUCGUUUGCAGCUGGCUCGUGACGAAUACCCCACGAAGGAAACCUCCAAUGUCUCCAGCUUGGAGCACUCCACUUCUUCGCAUUCUACGGCGCGACAAAAAUUCUUGCCAACGUAAAUUACGCCGUCGACGAACUGUUGAAACCAUACACAACUUUCAACUCGCUAGCAGUGUAUACCGACGCUUUAACCGUGCCCUCUACAAAUCAUACGUGCUUCGUGUCCAGACAAACCUGCGUAGAAAUCCAAAGAGCUUCUGGAAGUUUGUCAAUUCCAAGCGAAAAACAGCAGAUAUCCCGUCUAAGGUGUUCUCGGGCGCUCAGGAAUCGUCCUCCGUUUCUGAAAUGUGCGAUUUAUUUUCAAAACACUUUGCAUCGGUGUUUGUCGCUGAGGCAGCCACCCCGUCAGAAGCCGAGAGAGCUGCAGCUAACAUUCCAGAGAGUUUAAUAGACUUGGGACCAUUCGUCGUUACCCCACAGAUGGUUGAGAAGGGCAAAGGUGAUAAGUGUAACGUGGCUAACUAUCGUGGCAUAACCAGUUUAUCUGCCGCCUCCAAGCUUUUUGAGUUGAUCGUGAACGAUGCUGUCUUUUUCAAAGUUAAGCGUUAUAUCUCACCAGUACAACAUGGCUUUAUGCCAGGACGCUCGGUUAGCACCAAUCUCCUCGAGUUUUCGUCGUUUUGUAUCAACCGUCUAGAGGAACGCGCUCAAGUUGAUGCUAUCUACACCGACAUAAAAGCCGCUUUCGAUCGAAUUGACCAUCGCAUCCUACUGAGAAAACUAUCCCGUCUUGGUGCUUCCGACGAAUUCAUCAACUGGCUGAGAUCAUACCUGUCUGGAAGAACGCUCCUUGUCAAGCUCCUGUCUCACACUUCAUCUCCGUUUGCUGUUUCUUCAGGUGUUCCGCAAGGCAGCAAUCUUGGACCACUGCUGUUCGCGAUCUUCUAUAACGAUGUGUCGCUUAUUCUAGCAUGUGACUGUGUGUCGAUAUAUGCAGACGACUUGAAAAUCUAUCUAGCCAUCGAAACCCUCGAGGAUUGCCGACGGUUACAGAGCCUGCUUGACCAGUUUGUGAGUUGGUGUCGCCUGAACAAACUAACUAUCAGUAUAAAUAAAUGUGUCAUCAUGAGUUUCCAUCGAAAAAGACAACCAACUAUAUUCGACUACACGAUCGAUGAUGUUAUCUUGGAGAGAGUCAGUCAGGUCAAUGACUUGGGCGUAACUCUCGACCCUAAGCUCACUUUCGACGCACAUCGAUCUGCAUUGAUAUCCAAGGCCAAUCGUCAGCUUGGGUUUAUUUCGAGAAUCUCUAGAGACUUUACUGAUCCCUACUGCCUGAAAUCUCUCUUCUGCUCGCUUGUUCGGCCGAUUCUUGAAACCGCAUCUGUAGUAUAG